UCUGUGGCGGAUUACUAUGGAAGAAGGUGGAAAACAGUGAAAUAAUCCGAUGGGCCGCCAUCUUGCCUGUGCUGGUUGAAGCAGGGACGGAGUGGAAGUUAGGACGGAGCCCGGAACGUGACCCCGGCGGGGAGGAACAAGCCGCGGAUGUUUAUUUGGAUAAUUUACCCCCCACACUGAGGACGAUCUGCGCGGUUGUGUGUGUGUGCGGUUUGUGGUUUUCCAGUUUGGAAACCCGCUCUCAUCAAAUCAGUUCGACUGCUAGCUAGCUAGCUAGUUAGCCACGGAGCUAACGGCUAGCCGGGCCAGCUAGCUGUCCGAUGACCGAGCUGUGGUCGUCAGCGGCGGAUUGAAGGCUCGGGAACAUUGGGUGUGUUUCUCCAGAUCUCCCGGAGGAUUAUUGUACACGCUAACAUGCGAACACCUGACCUUUUAGUUUGGGGACCAAGCGGAGAGUGUCUGUGAAUAAGAGGGGGGAUCUGGAGCGGCUUUAACACGAUAAUCCUGCUGCGGCAAUCAGUGCAGAUCGAUGGGAAAUGUCCUCUCGGGAUCAAGCUGUUUAUCGGACUGAAAGUCUCUCUUAUUACUCAGAUAUCGGCCUGCUCAACUGGGUUUGAUCCCGAGGAAGAGAGCUAUAACUCGGGUGUCUCUCUGCCCGGGCCUGUCCUCACGUAAACGGGUUAAAUGUGUCCUAUUUUCACACUGUGAACCGUAACAACACUACAUAUACGGACCGGGACAUCCGGGACAUGGUCGGUGUCUGCCAUCAGAAUUAAAGCUACUUUAAUCCGGGUUCUGUUCACGUUCACGGGAUUAUAAAAAACAUUAUUAAGGAUUUGUGUGUUUGGAUCCACGAUGGGAUCAGCCACCAAACUGGCCUUCAGUGUUUUCCUCAUCUCCUGCUCCUCAGGUGCCAUCCUGGGACGAUCAGACACUCAGGAGUGCAUCCACUACAACUACAGCCCUGGGUCCUCGGGGGGGUCCUCCGGGUCCUCUGGGGGGUCUGAGAGCCGGGGCAACCUGAGCGGCGUGGUCACCUGCUCCGGAGAGAAGGAUAAGAGACUCCACUGCUUCGCUACGUGGAAGAACGUGUCGGGAGAAGUCAGGGUGGUCAAACAGGGCUGCUGGCUGGACGACCCCGACUGUUACAACCGCAGUGAGUGUGUGGAGAGGAAGGAUGCCCCCGAGGUCUUCUUCUGCUGCUGUGAGGACAGUCUGUGUAACAGCCAGUUCUUCUACCGGCCUGCCAGCAGCCAGCCUCCCGUACACGCGACGACCGAGCCGGUGACCCCCCCGCCACCGGAGCUGAUAACGCUGAUAAUCUCGCUGGUUCUCAUCAUGGCCAUCAGCCUCGUCUUCCUCUUCUCCUUCUGGAUGUACCGGCACCACAAACUGGCCUAUCCUCCGGUCCUGGUACCUACUCAGGACCCUGGACCCCUGCCCCCCUCCCCCCUGCUGGGACAGAAGCCUCUGCAGUUACUGGAGGUCAAAGCCAGGGGGCGCUUCGGCUGUGUGUGGAAGGCUCGGCUGCUCAGCGAAUACGUCGCCGUCAAAAUCUUCCCCCUGCAGAACAAGCAUUCGUGGCAGAACGAGUACGAGAUGUUCUGUGUGAGCGGGAUGAGACACGAGAACCUGCUGCAGUUCAUCGGAGGAGAGAAGAGAGGAAGUGACACAGAGCUGGAGCUGUGGCUCAUCACUGCCUACCAUGAGAAGGGGUCUCUGUGUGACUACCUGAAGGCCAACGUCCUGUCGUGGUCUGAACUCUGUCUUAUCGCUCAGUCCAUGUCCCGAGGUCUGGCCUACCUGCACCAGGACAUCCCUGGACACAAGGAUGGACACAAGCCUGCCAUCGCACACAGGGACUUUAAGAGUAAGAAUGUGCUGCUGAAGUCGAACCUGACCGCCUGCAUCGCUGACUUUGGCCUCGCUCUCCGGUUCGAGGCGGGAACAUCUCCCGGAGACACACACGGACAGGUGGGGACCAGGCGCUACAUGGCCCCAGAGGUCCUGGAGGGAGCCAUCAGCUUCCAGAGAGACUCCUUCCUGAGGAUAGACAUGUACGCUGUGGGGCUGGUGCUGUGGGAGCUCGCCUCCCGCUGCAAGGCUGCCGACGGUCCGUUGGAUGAGUACAUGCUGCCCUAUGAGGAGGAGGUGGGACAGCAUCCGUCUCUGGAGGACAUGCAGGAAGUCGUCGUCCACAAGAAGCUGAGACCGACGCUCAGAGAGUGCUGGCAGAAACACGUGGGUCUGUCUUUGCUCUGUGAGACGAUGGAGGAAUGCUGGGACGGUGAGGCUGAGGCUCGGCUGUCGGCCGGCUGCGUGGAGGAGCGCGUCGUGCAGAUGCAGCGGCAGACGAGCGUCACGGCGCCCGAGGACAUCGUCACGGUGGUCACCAUGGUAACCAACGUGGACUACCCGCCCAAAGAGUCGAGCCUAUGACGAGACGGAGCGGGGACUCGGGUGAAUCUGAGGAGUAUUUACAGUUUACAGCCGCCAUGUUAGCGGACUGUCUCUCUGCUCAGGCUCAACGCCUUUAACAUACCCAGGGUGGGAUCACGUUGGCUCAAAUCUCCCGAAAUCCUGCAGAAGAACUGCCGAAAACUCGCUGUCCACCCUGCUGAUGACGACGCAGGAUGGACAGCCAGAUCCUGUUUUAUACUACAAAAUAAAAGACUUCCUGGACAGAGUUUUUCUACGAUAAUGUGACGAUAGAUUUGAGUGUAGUGUUGUUGCCGCCUGCUGCGUGUUUCUCUGAUGUGAUGCCAAUAAGAAACAGCUGCUGAAUGUGUGUAUCAUACAGAGGAUUAUAUAUGAAUACAGAUAUUUAGUUUGUCCCCCGAGAGUCCAACAAUCAGCUCAUAGACACAGAACCUCCCUGAAGACUCCACACGGAGAAUGAAGUCGGAGAGAUAACGGGAAAUAAAACAAGUUCAUAAUGUUGGAAACAAACUAAUUCAUAACGAGACGAAAGAUUCUUCACAUUUCAAACAUUAAAACGUCAGGAAACAGAAACGAUGUUUCUCUUAAAUCAGAUUCAGUUCAUCAAACUAAUUUAAAACCCUUGUGUUGUCUUCCCGUCAACCUUGAAUAAAACAGUUUUUUAACGUUUUAAAUUAAAUCUUCUACACAUUUUCAGCUCUUAUUUCUACGUCUGUUUCUAUUUUAUAUCAAACAGGUCAAAGGACCUGAAGGCAACACAAGGGUCACAAGUUUAAACUCUGUCAAACUGCACCAACGAGACCAGUACUAGGACAGUAUUAGUACCGUUAAUGAGACCAGUACUACAAGUACCAGUACCGUUAAUGAGACCAGUACUACCAGUACCAGUACCGUUAACGGGACCGGUACUACCAGUACCAGUACCGUUAAUGAGACCAGUACUAGUACCGUUAAUGAGACCAAUACUAGGACAGUAUUAGUACCGUUAAUGAGACCAGUACUACAAGUACCAGUACCGUUAAUGAGACCAGUACCAGUACCGUUAAUGAGACCAGUACUACCAGUACCAGUACCGUUAAUGAGACCAGUACUAGUACCGUGAAUGAGACCAGUACCAGUACCGUUAAUGAGACCAGUACUACCAGUACCAGUACCGUUAAUGAGACCAGUACUACCAGUACCGUUAAUGAGACCAGUACUACCAGUACCAGUACUGUUAAUGAGACCAGUACCAGUACCGUUAAUGAGACCAGUACUACCAGUACCAGUACCGUUAACGAGACCAAUACUAUGACAGUAUUAGUACCGUUAAUGAGACCAAUUCUACCAGUACCAGUACUGUUAAUGAGACCAGUACCAGUACCGUUAAUGAGACCAAUACUAGGACAGUAUUAGUACCGUUAAUGAGACCAGUACUACAAGUACCAGUACCGUUAACGAGACCAGUACUACCAGUACCAGUACCGUUAAUGAGACCAGUACCAGUACCGUUAACGAGACCAAUACUAGGACAGUAUUAGUACCGUUAAUGAGACCAAUUCUACCAGUACCAGUACUGUUAAUGAGACCAGUACCAGUACCGUUAACGAGACCAAUACUAGGACAGUAUUAGUACUGUUAAUGAGACCAAUACUACCAGUACCAGUACCGUUAAUGAGACCAAUACUAGGACAGUAUUAGUACCGUUAAUGAGACCAAUACUACCAGUACCAGUACCGUUAACGAGACCAAUACUAGGACAGUAUUAGUACUGUUAAUGAGACCAGUACCAGUACCGUUAACGAGACCAAUACUAGGACAGUAUUAGUACUGUUAAUGAGACCAAUACUA